AUGGAAGGCAAAAGCGCAGAGUAUGUACAACUGCCAGGAGGCUAUCCCAACAGCAAGCAGCCGUCCAGGUCGUGGCCAAGCUUCGCAUUUGGCUUCCUACUGUGCUUCUGUCUGCUUCAGAUGCCGUGGCCGUGGGCUGAUGUGGCGGAGCAGCUGCCAGAGAGGAAUAGCACCCAAGCAGAUGACCAGGUCGUGGAAGUCAUCGCUCCAGCCGGGACGUUCGCUGGAGUAUCAGACGGUUCUAUGCAUAGACACCUGGGCAUCCAAUAUGCACGCGCAGGCCGCUGGGAAGUCCCAAAGCCGGCCAGCGAGGGUUCGGGCUGGUUCAAUGCCUCGCACUUCGGGGCAACCUGCCCACGCCCUGGCUUGCCACAGAACAUGGAAGCAGCCUGGCUUGAACAGGGGCUUACUCAUGACGGUUCAGUCAUUAGUCAUUAG